AAAAUAAGAUUAUUUGGUUUUAAAUUCUUUUUUUUUUUAUGAUGAAGUUUUUAUAUGAGUGGUUGAAGUGUUUUAAGAUAGUUUUGNUUUGCUAGUGAUAAAGCAAUUGAUGUUUAUUUUAGCAAAAAUGAAAAAUUAGAUUUAGGAAUAGAUGAAACAGUUACAUUUAUUGCAAGAAAUAUAGAUUAUUUAGAUUCUCAGAUGCACGAUUACAUUUUGAAUAUUAAUAAAAGAUUGGAAAAUUUAGAUUAGAAUGUAAAAGAAAAUAGAAAACAAUUAGAAUAUUUGACAUUCACAAGAUAAAAGCAAAAUGAAAAGUUUUUAGACACUUGUAAUCAAUAUAUUGAUUCUAGUAUCAUAAUAUGAACAUAUGGUUGCACAAGUCGAUAUGUGUAUAGCUUUACUUUAAGGGAUUUUUGCAAAUGAAUAAUUUAUUUAAGUCGAUAGAAUUAAAAUUAUUACAAGAAAAAUAUUUGCUGCUACUAUGUUAAUAGGUGGAAUAGAUAUGAAAGAAUUAUUAGAAACAACAGAAUCAGCUAAUUAUACAGAUACAAGAGUUCAAAAAUAUGUAUAAUAUAAAUUCAUUAUUAAUUUUAGAUUCUAGAAGCUUUUAAUAAUUUAAGAAAACAAUUUGUUGAUCAUAAAAAUUCAGAUAUCGCAUAUGAUGCUGAAUAAUAAAAAGAAUAUGAAGAUUAAAAGCAUUAAUUAGAUGGGGAACUUUUAAUUUUCAAGAGGGAUAUUGCAGAAUUGAUAUAUAAUUUAUCAGUUGCAGAAGAGAAAAUAAGAUAAAUUAAAGAUGAUAUUGAAUCAAAUAAAAAAGAUUAAUAGUUUUAUAAAAAGGAAAAAGAAUAUAUCAAUAAUGGAAAUUAGAUUGAAGAAAAAUGGAAAGCUAAAUUAACUCAAGAAUAUAAUAAUCAAUUAUUAUCAAUUGAGAAAGCAAUGAAUUUAAUAAGCUAACCUGAUUUUUGGGCAAGAAAUGAUUAGAUAAAGUUAAAUUAUUGA